UCAGAUAUUUAAUUGUUUUGAUAACAUUAAAUACUGUAAUUGUAUCUGUAUUUUAUCUAUGAGAAGUUUAAUAUAAUUUGAAACACUUCAGAUUUUAUCCAUUUAAUUCACCUAUCCCCUGAAUACAGAAAGAAUAGGGGUUUUCAUUUCCAUUUUGCAGAUGGAAAAGAGAAGUACAGAGCAGGCAGCAUGUCAGCUGAAACACCAGUCACACUGAAUAUCGAUCCUCAGGAUCUGCAGGUCCAAACAUUUACUGUAGAGAAGCUACUGGAGCCACUCAUAAUCCAGGUUACUACACUUGUAAAUUGUCCCCAGAAUCCUUCCAACAGGAAAAAAGGACGUUCAAAACGAGCCAGAGUCCUCCUAGCUUCUGUGGAGGAAGCAACUUGGAAUUUAUUAGACAAGGGGGAGAAGAUUGCUCAGGAAGCCACAGUUUUGAAGAAGGAGCUUACUACUGCACUUGAGGAAGUUCGCAAAGAAAGUGAAGCUCUGAAAGUAUCAGCUGAGAGAUUUGCAGAUGACCCAUGUUAUCUCCCCAAAAGGGAGGCUGUGGUUCAAGCUGCCCGUGCCUUGUUGGCUGCAGUUACCAGACUCCUUAUCCUCGCAGACAUGAUAGAUGUCAUGAGUCUCUUGCAGCAUGUGUCAGCUUUUCAAAGAACAUUUGAGUCUCUAAAAAAUGUUUCCAAUAAAUCUGACCUCCAGAAAACCUACCAGAAGCUUGGAAAGGAGCUGGAAAAUCUGGAUUAUUUAGCCUUCAAACGUCAGCAGGACUUAAAAUCUCCAAAUCAGAGGGAUGAAAUUGCAGGGGCCCGGGCCUCACUGAAGGAGAAGUCCCCACUCUUGCAUUCAAUUUGCUCAGCUUGUUUGGAACAUUCUGAUGUUGCUUCCCUCCAAGCCAGCAAGGACACAGUUUGUGAAGAAAUUCACAAUGCCCUCAGUGUAAUUUCAAAUGCUUCACAAGGCAUCCAGAAUAUGCUUGCCCCACCAGAACCUAAGGCAGCAACACUAGGAAGUGCCCUUGAUGAGCUUGAGAAUUUAAUUGUCUUGGAUCCACUCACAGUGACUGAGGAAGAAAUUAGACCAUCUCUAGAGAAACGUCUUGAAGCAAUUAUCAGUGGGGCUGCACUAUUGGCUGACUCUUCAUGCACUAGAGAUUUCCAUCGGGAACGGAUUAUUGCAGAAUGCAAUGCCAUUCGCCAGGCUCUCCAGGACCUGCUUUCAGAGUACAUGAACAAUACUGGAAAAAAGGAAAGGAGUAAUACCCUGAAUAUUGCAAUAGACAACAUGUGUAAGAAGACAAGGGAUCUUCGCAGACAGCUCCGUAAAGCUAUUAUAGAUCAUGUGUCAGACUCCUUUUUGGAUACAACAGUCCCACUUUUGGUUCUCAUUGAAGCUGCCAAGAAUGGCCGAGAAAAGGAAAUAAAAGAAUAUGCUUCAAUAUUUCGUGAACACACCAACAGGCUUAUAGAGGUUGCAAAUCUUGCUUGUUCCAUGUCAACAAAUGAAGAUGGAAUUAAAAUUGUCAGAAUUGCAGCCAAUCACCUGGAAACCUUGUGUCCACAGAUCAUUAAUGCUGCACUUGCUUUGGCGGCAAGACCCAAAAGUCAAGUGGUCAAAAAAACCAUGGAAAUGUAUAAGCACACGUGGGAGAAUCAUAUCCAUGUCCUCACCGAAGCUGUAGAUGACAUUACAAGCAUUGAUGACUUCCUUGCUGUAUCUGAGAGCCAUAUCCUCGAAGAUGUCAACAAGUGUAUCAUAGCAUUGAGAGACCAGGAUGUUGAUAAUUUAGACCGUGCUGCAGGUGCUAUCAGAGGACGGGCAGCAAGAGUUGCUCACAUUGUCACAGGUGAAAUGGACAGUUAUGAGCCAGGAGCUUACACUGAAGGUGUGAUGAGAAACGUUAACUUCCUGACAACUACUGCAAUACCUGAGUUUGUAACACAAGUGGAUGUUGCCUUAGAAGCCUUAAAUAAAAACUCUUUGGAUGUAUUUGAUGAUGAUCAAUUUGUGGACAUCUCAAAGAAGAUCUAUGACACAAUUCAUGAUAUCAGAUGUUCGGUCAUGAUGAUUCGGACCCCAGAGGAACUGGAAGAUGUUUCUGACUUGGAAGAGGAACAUGAGGUGCGCAGUCACACCAGCAUUCAGACCGAAGGGAAAACUGACAGGGCUAAGAUGACUCAAUUGCCUGAGGCAGAAAAGGAAAAGAUUGCUGAGCAAGUUGCUGAUUUCAAGAAAGUAAAGAGUAAACUGGAUGCUGAGAUUGAGAUUUGGGAUGAUACCAGCAAUGAUAUCAUUGUUCUGGCCAAGAAGAUGUGUAUGAUUAUGAUGGAGAUGACAGACUUCACAAGGGGCAAAGGACCACUAAAGCAUACAACUGAUGUGAUCUAUGCAGCUAAAAUGAUAUCAGAAUCAGGAUCAAGGAUGGAUGUCCUUGCUCGGCAGAUUGCUAACCAGUGUCCGGAUCCAUCAUGCAAACAAGAUUUGUUGGCCUAUCUGGAACAGAUUAAGUUUUACUCUCACCAACUGAAAAUCUGCAGUCAAGUUAAAGCUGAGAUCCAGAACCUGGGAGGAGAGCUCAUCAUGUCUGCUUUGGACAGUGUCACCUCCCUGAUCCAAGCAGCCAAAAAUUUAAUGAAUGCUGUGGUGCAAACAGUGAAAAUGUCUUACAUUGCUUCAACGAAGAUCAUCCGAAUUCAGAGUCCUGCUGGGCCCCGGCACCCAGUUGUGAUGUGGAGAAUGAAGGCUCCUGCAAAAAAGCCCUUGAUUAAAAGAGAGAAGCCAGAGGAAACUUGUGCAGCUGUCAGACGAGGCUCAGCAAAGAAAAAAAUCCACCCAGUGCAAGUCAUGAGUGAAUUUAGAGGACGGCAUGUCUACUAAACCCACAAUUCUACACUAGUGCCUAUAUUAUACAGUCCUGGUGAAACACAGAGUUUUAACUUUACACUUAAUUAAUUCUGUAAGUUCACUAACCUUUAGAAUUUAAUGCACAAUUAACAUGAAACAUUGGAGGCAACAUAUAUUUGGGAUCAUGUCAUUGUCAUCUCUGUCUGGCCAGCACCUAG